AUUGAAGCAACCCAGACAACGACAUCGACAUCCCGCCCACGAACCCAACACCGUCGCAAUGGGUCGCGUUAUCAGGAACCAGCGUAAAGGUCGCGGCUCCAUCUUCACGGCCAACACCCGCUUGAACAAGGCCCCCGCCCAGUUCCGUACCCUCGACUACGCUGAGCGCAAUGGCUACAUUCGCGGCGUUGUAAAGGAGAUUGUCCACGACUCCGGCCGUGGUGCUCCUCUGGCGAAGGUCGUCUUCCGCAACCCCUACCGGUUCAAGCACGACACCGAGACCUUCAUUGCCAACGAGGGCAUGUACACCGGCCAGUUCAUCUAUGCCGGAAAGCACGCCGCUCUGACCAUUGGCAACAUCCUCCCCCUCGCCUCCGUACCCGAAGGUACCGUCCUUACCAACGUCGAGGACAAGUCUGGUGACCGUGGUGCGCUCGGCCGUACCUCCGGCAACUACGUUACCGUCAUCGGCCACAACCCGGACGAGGGCAAGACCCGUGUCAAGCUCCCUUCCGGUGCGAAGAAGGUCCUCCCCAGCACUGCCCGUGGUAUGGUCGGAAUCGUUGCAGGAGGUGGACGUACAGACAAGCCUCUCCUCAAGGCUUCGCGUGCCAAGCAUAAGUUCGCUGCCAAGCGCAACAGCUGGCCCAAGACUCGCGGUGUGGCCAUGAACCCCGUCGACCAUCCCCACGGUGGUGGUAACCACCAGCAUAUCGGCAAGGCCUCCACCAUCUCCAGGGAGGCGGCACAGGGUCAAAAAGCCGGUCUCAUUGCGGCGCGGAGGACGGGUCUGCUCCGUGGUACGCAGAAGACGAAGGAGUAGACGUGCGGGGAACAAGGAUAGCGAUGUGGUGCUGGGGUCCGUGGCAACCGGCGACAACGAGCGUGCAGCCGGUGAUUCUCAUAACUCUUUAUGCGGAUGGCGGGGCGUUAUGAACUUCUACACACAAAUAGGCAUCUUAC